CGUAUAAAUAGAAAGAAAUCACUUAAUAAACAAGUUAUGGGACAAAUGCGAAUAACAAAUCGCAGACUGUGUUACUUUGUAGUGUAUACCCCUAAUUGGACAAGUAUACAGGAAAUUCAAUAUGACGAAGUAUUUUGGAACACAAAAAUGGCCGAAAAACUUAAAAGGUUUUACAUGGAAUGUUUAUUACCAGAAAUUGUCGACCCACUUUAUGGUAGACGCUUCGAAAUCACGGAUAUUAGAGAACCCGAAUAUAUAAAGGAGGCACAAAGAAAAAAAUUAAAAUAG